CGAUGAACGGCAUACAAGCCACUGUAUCAAGAUGCGUCUCUGCUUCUGUUUGUUGGCCCUCGUGGCAUCCGCCACGGCAGUCCCCAUGCUGGGAACUAAAGCUGCCAAUGUCGACACGCUGACGAAGCAGCAAGAUGUUCUCUUGCUUUUGGACCAGCUAUUCCAAGACAUCCCUAACGAACAGCUGCACAAAUUCGGUCAGGAAUACAACAUUAAACAAAACAUUCAACAAUACGAUGAUCAAAACGUCGUCAAAAAUCUCAUCCGUCUUGUUGAGAUGGACCUCAUCCUGCCCAAGCGUGUCCCGUUCUCAAUUUCGUUCACCGAGUUGCGCAGUGAAGUUUCGCUUCUUACUAGGACCCUUGUGACUGCGAAGACCUACGAAACGUUCCUGAAAACCGCCGCCUGGGCUCGUUACAUAUUCAACGAAGCAGAAUUCUACCAGGCUUUCACUGUGGCAAUAUUCCAACGCACUGAUACCAGAGACCUCGUCCUUCCCGCACCAUAUGAAGUCUUUCCAUACUACUACAUCGACACUAGGGUGAUUAAAGAGGCUCAGAAUGCUCGUGUUCGAACCCUCGAAACAGGCCAGACCACCACUUACGUAAUUCCAUCUAACUACACUCCCUACAUGACCGAGUACGACAGGAAGCUUGCCUAUUUCACACAAGAUGUUGGACUUGCUUCGUGGUACGCUUACUUCGACAUUGCCGGAUGGUUGAAAACGAUGAAUGAAACAAAUCUGGGCUUUCUCCAGAAUUACGAAUGCGAACAUUGUGAAACCGCCCGCGGAUCCAUGUUCUACUAUGUACACCAGCAACUUCUGGCUCGCUACAAUCUUGAACGCCUGAGCAACGAUAUGCCGACUCUUAGAGAAACCGAAUUCACCCACGUACGCGUGCCGUUCAAAUCUCAUCUUUCUUAUCCGAAUGGCCUCGAGAUAUCAGGACGUAGUUUCGAUUGUGACUUCAAGUCUGGAAAGGAAGAUCUUGUCGAAACCGUUUUGACAAUCGAGAGAAGGCUGCAGGACGCAAUUGACAGUGGAUUUGUAGUGAAGAACGUAGGAGACCUUUUUUCUCUCUACGACUACAAGGGACUGAACAUACUUGGUAACAUCAUCGAAAGCACCGGAAGGAGUAUAAAUCCUAGGUAUUACGGAACUUUUCAAGCCGCUGUUCGCGAACUUCUUGGUGGUGCACCUACCACAAAACGCUUCUGGGACCCACUUCCUAGCACCCUAGAGAUCCAUCAUACCACUACCCGUGAUCCAGUCUUCUACCAGAUGUGGAAACGCAUGAUCACUUUGUUCAAGAGAUAUAAAGACACUUUACCGGGCUACACGCCAGAAGAUCUCCGCUUACCCGGGGUUACCAUCGAAAGUGUCAAGUUCGAUAAACUGACGACUUACUGCGACAAAUUCAUGGUCGACAUUGACUCGGCUACAAUUGUGCCGCAAGGCAAAGAAAGUCAACGUGUUAAGAUGAUGACCGAGAUCGACAGACUUAAUCACAAGCCGUUCAAAUUUGAAAUAAUGGUCAACAGCGAACAAAUCGUCGAACACGCCGUUAUCAGAGUUUAUAUAGGCCCCAAAUACGACUUCGAUGGCACAUAUCUAAACAUCCAUGAGAACAGACUUCAAUUCAUUGAACUUGAUCAAUUCCUUUGGAGCCUUAAGCAAGGAAAAAAUAUCAUCGUCAGGCACUCCAUUGACGCGCCAAUGCGCAGCAUUGAUGCCACUACCAAGAAAGACCUAUUGCGUAAGGUGCAGGAAGGCCUUACCUCUCAUCAGCUUUUCUACCCUGAGGCGAUCGCGGAAGCCUUCGGUUUCCCCGAGAGGCUAGCUCUGCCUAAAGGUAAACGCAACGGUAUGCCACUUCAGGUAAUGGUCAUCAUCUCUUCGCCCAACCAAUCUACCCCAUUUUACGGACCGAGCCUACCUCCGCGAUUCCGAACUUAUCAGUAUUUAAGUUAUCCCGAUAUCGAUAUUACGACAUCCACGACGGAAGUACCCAGCGAAAGAUGGGUGCGAGACUACCGUACUACGAUGAUGAACGCAGGAGGCGUGUUUUACAGCCAUGACAUUGAUACGGACACCAUGUACGGAAGAACAGACACAAAGAACAUCAAGACUGAGCAACAAACUUCUCAACAAACUGCCCAAGCCUACUAUGAAAGUCGAAUGGAUCGAACUGCCAAGACUAGGUAUCCAUACAUGACCGACUACUACAACAAGAAGGACGUAAAGGAGAUCAUUGGUGGUGCUGUGUCCUUGGACGGUAGACCACUUGGCUACCCUCUCGACAGAAGGCUGGAAAUGGGAUCUCUUUAUGUUCCUAACAUUAAGAUGACCGAAACCAAAGUCUUCUGGGAAGGAACCAGAUGCUGCGGAAGUUGCAGAUAGUUGAAGAAUUCUCAAGACUUCUUGUCCUACUCGUAACCAGACCAAUAUGCACGACCCGGCUUUAUUUGACUGUCGUUCCUGUUUCACAUUUAUGUUCUACUUUAUAAACUUAAUAACCGUAUAAUCUGAUAAAUAAACGUUUUGAGAUUGCAAUAUGAAAA